AGUCAGAUGGGUGGGGAUUUGGAUGGGCCGUUGAUGGUGGAGGAGGUCCCGUCGGAGAUGCCCACUGUUGAGGCUGUUGAGGAUGAGCCUGUGAAGGAUGAGCCGUCCGGGGAUGAGCAAAACAGAGACGUUGGGACAACCGGGGCAGACGCCAGCCAGAUGCAGACGCAGGUCAAGAGAGAAUCCGUGAAUCCCACCAUAGAGUUCCCCUCGGAACCUGCCUAUCCACUAGCCUUACAGCCCGAACUCCCGCAUUCCCAAAACACUUCACCCGAAUCCGCGGCUUCUCACCAUCUGCAUCCGCAGCCUCAAGCGGCGGCCCCAUCUCCAUUCGACACAUCGAGUGAAGAGCCGUUGAGUGGAUGGGGCGGCUCGGAAGCUGAAUAUGGGCUUGAGCGACCGCGGGAACUAGAGCGGUCGGUGGGCAGGCGAGAACAGGGAAACAUAGCUUCGAAUCGGAAAGGUAGUGAGAAGCAGGUGGUUGCUGAUUCUGCCAGGGAAACGUCGGUAUCCGUGAUGAGUGAUGCGUCUGAGGCUCGCGUGGCCAUGAAGACCACGGCAGCAGGGAUCACCGGGCCCCCAGAGACGGAUGCUUCAUCGGCACAGAUCCCGGAUGUUAAUGUCCCAGGCUCACGGGAACAUCAGAUGGCAGAGGAUCAGAUGGUAGAACAGGACUUGGGAUUGACAGCUGAGGCCGAUGUGCAAGCAUUAGCUACAGACGGUACGCCGGAGCAUCAAGUCGCCGAGGCCAUGACUGAUAUACCAGUGAAUGCUGAGCUUGGCGCUGAUUUGGGGGCUAUGGGAAGGGGUAUCGAAGGCAGCAUGCUACUGGAGGAAGAACAACCAGAUGCCGGAGCCGAAGAAAUGGAAGAGUCCGACGACGACGAGGAUUGGUUCGGCGUCAGCUCCAAAUUCAAAACGCGCGAACCCUCCGCCCCACCAGCCGGCCCAUCCCAAAUUGCCCAAGUCAGGAGCAUCCAAAUGACCGCUGAGCAAGGCACGGCUCUCUACCACCGCAUUCACGGCAACGAGCGUCGGCGCGCCACAAUGUCGGACGACGACCGGCGGAAAUACCCCGUUUUCUUCGAACAGCAUAAUGAGAGCGAGCAGUUGGCGCAGAUGCACAAGGAGUCGAGGGAGAAGGAGAUUGCGGCGCUUACCGCUCAAUUGGCUGAUACGGAGGUUCCCGUCCCUGCUUAUCUUCGCCGGCGGGGCAUCUUACUUGGAUUCCGUGGCGACUUUGCCCUGGCGCUGGCUGACCUCGACAAGGCAUUCGAAUACGACCCGUUCAACUCUGAGGCGUGCUGGUAUCGCCAUCAGCUGCUCCUGUUAAACGGCGACGUCCAGAAAGCACUCAGAGACCUCGACAUGAUUACGGAAACUAACCGCCUGCACAUGGCGGCCUUCCAGACCCGCGGGAGAAUUUACCAGGAACUAGGCAUGAUCAAAAUGGCGAUCGUAAACUACUCGCAGGUGAUCAAGCUAAAACCGCACGACGCCGACGCGUACUUCCAGCGCGCCACGCUGUUCGAGCAGGAAGAUGAGAUGGUCUACGCCAACGAGGACUAUCGUAUGGUUCGGAACCUCGAUCCCAACAACGAGCCGGCUUUGCGCAACCUUGCGAUGUACAGCUUCCAGCGGCAGCUAUGGGGCGACUCACUAGCCGCCUUCACGCGGUUGAUCCAACUCAACGUCAAGAACUCCGAAGCCUACCUCUUUCGCGGGCGAGCAUAUGCGCAUCGUGGGGAUUGGGAAGAAGCUUUGCAGGAUAUCACGACGGCGAUCCAUAUCAGCCCGCAGGACGCGCAGGCGUAUUUCCAUCGAGCCUCCUUGUUUCGGCGACGGAACCCGUUCAAGGCCAUCGAGGAUUUCAGUUUGUCGAUUCUGCUGGAUACCACUGACACAUUCUAUGAGGCGUACUAUCAGCGUGGACUGCUUUACUACUCCUUGGAGCAGUAUGAGUAUGCGGUAGCGGAUUUGAUCACCGUGACGGAGUUGGAACCGUUGCAUCAUCAGGCAUACCUUUCUCUCGGUAUCCUCUACAUGCGGUUCCUGAACAACCUCCCGGCGGCGCUGCGAUGCCUUCAGAAAUGCGUCUCAAUCAACCCCAUCCAGACGUACGGAUAUCUGUGCUGCGGUGAUUUGUAUCAAAUGAUGCUGAAGACCCCGCCGGCAGAGACACCCCCGGCCGUCGUCUUGAGGCCAUCCUCUAACCCGUCGUCGCGGGCUGUGUCGAGAGGAGGAAAGCCUAGCGACCUGGACAUUCUGUUGAGGACGAACGAGCAUUAUAUGAAGGCGGCGGUGAGGCAGUAUGAUAAAGCGAUACAUUUGUCGCCUUCCAGUGCGAAUCUGUAUCUCUAUCGCGGCAGAGUGUUGCUGAGGCUCGGUCUCAUGAGAGAAGCUACCAACGAUUUUCAAAUAGCAUUCGCACUCAACGCCGAGAUCGCACAAACCUUCGUGCAGAGAGCUUUGAUCCUGUCGUUCCAAAGGAAAUACCAGCAAAUCAUCGACGAGUUCAAUAGGGAGAGUAGACUCAAAACGGUCGAAGAUCCGCAACUGUACAUGCUGGUUGCCAAAGCCAGGAUCAGUUGCGGCGAUCAUGAAGGCGCCCUCAAAAACCUCGCCGAAGCGCUGCGCCAUAACAAACGCGAAUCCGAAGUCUACCUCCUCCGCGGCAUCUGCUACGAAAAGCUGCGCGACUGGGCCAACGCCAUCAAAGAGUUUACGCCGUGCAUCCAGCUCAACCCGCAGUUCUCAAAAGCUUACUAUCAUCGCGGUAUCUCGAAACUGCAUCUGAGGGAUGAGGAUGGGACAUAUGAUCUGGAUAAGGCAAUUAAACUGGAUCCGGACUUCUUUGAGGCGUACAUUGCGAGGGCGAGUUACUAUCAGAGCAAAGGAGAGUACAAUUUGGCGAUUGAUGACUGCGAUGAGGCAUCGAGGAUUGAGCCUACCAGUAUUCGGGCGUGUCUGCUCAAAGGAGCUUGUAAUUGCAAACUUGGGGAGUUUGAUAUGGCCAUACAGGAUUUUACAAAGGCAAUGGUCAUCGACAGGACUUCCCACUACGCUCUGUAUAACCGUGCGGUCACCUACCAGCUCAUGAAAGAGUACGAGAGCGCCAUCAAGGAUUACAGCACGGCCAUGCUCCUAUGCAGCGAUUCAAACGCCUACCGGAACCGCGGGCUGCUCUACUGGCAGCAAGGCGACCCCGAAAACGCCCUAAUCGACCUCUACGCCGCGCGGGAUGCCUUCCCAGAAGACGCCAAACUGCGCGCACUUCUCGGGCUGUGUCUGCAGAAAUUGGGCAAGGUUGAGCAGGCGAUUGAGGAGUUUAGUUCGGCAAUCAAACUCAACGUGUUCAUGCGCGAAGCAUACAUAGCUCGCGCCAACGUCCAUGCGAUGGCAGGACAGACCGAACAAGCUCGCAAAGAUUAUCUCCGCGUGUUGCACAUGGACCCCCGGUGCAUCGAGGCACUUAUUAAUAUCGCCUAUACGUUUCAGAGGGAUGGCCGACAGAAGAAGGCAUAUGAUCUAUUCACAGCAGCACUCGCGAUCGAUCCGAACUGCAAGCCGGCCUUGGAAGGCCGAGCUGUGAUCCAGUAUGGGCGGGCCAACUUCUUUGGGGCUCUCAUUGAUGUUUCCAAAGCGAUCGCUCUCGACCCUCGCAACGCCGAGUAUCUGACGAACGCCGGCGUCAUCUGUCAAGCACUUGGCGACGAUGUGUCUGCGAUGCAAAGCUAUAAGCUUGCUCUGAAAUCCGACCCAGAGUACGCACACGCGCAUCUCAACAUGGCGAACAUGUGUUUCUCUCAGAGCAAGUAUGAGGAGGCGUUAAGGCAGUACACGGAGGUUUUGAAGACGGUUCCGAACUGCGUUGCGGCGUAUCUCAACCGGGGAAUCACGAAGGCGAUAUUGAAAGACCUUACAGGCGCACUCGAUGACUUCAAUCGGGCGGCAAUACCGGAGAAUACCACGGCGGAGGUUUUCUUCAACAGAGCACAUGUGUUGCAACUGUUGGGCCGACAGGAAGAAGCUGAGAAGGACUACACACAUAUCCUGCAGCUAUCGCCAGCAGACAGCCUGGUCUAUUUGCGACGAGGCGAUGUACGCGGCCACCGUGCGGAUAUGUACGGGGCUAUGGAAGACUACGCCAUGGCUAUAUCACAAAGUGCGGAUUGAACUC